GGACAGAAAAAUAGACAAUAUUGAAAAACAAAACUUAAUUUAAAGUCAUAAAUUCAAUGAAAAGGGAUUAUUUACUGUUGUCUUCAAGUAAACAUAACAACGAAUUCUAGUAGAAUGAUACAGGAGUGUAAUAAAGUGAAACCAGCAAGAUGUUUGUUUCAAUCAUUGGAAAAUAAACUAUGGAAUAGUUCAUACAAUUUGGAUAAUAAUAAUAAUAAUAAUAACACAGAUCAAACAAAACCACAUAUCAAUCAACAAUGCCAACAAACAUUUAAUUUAAUCUGUCAAAAAAGUCUUGAAAAGUUUUGUCGGAAUUAUGAUUUAGAUUUGAAUCAAAUGAAACCUGUUGUUGAUCCGAACAAUUGUAAAAUUAAUGAAGGUGAUCAAGAAAAUCAACGUCAUCACCGAAAUCAGCACACAAGACAUAAACAAAUAUGGCAUUGGGAACAGUUGGAUACUACAGUCAAUUAUGUCCCCACAUUUUAUUUGAACAACAGAUGUCAUUCAGAUAGUUAUCUACUUCGAUCGUAUCAACAUGAAUAUCCGGUACCACCGAAUACACCACAUAAAUGCACUACAAAAUCAUCGAAGUUACAAUUUACCGACAAUAAAUACAAUUCACCUAUUUCGUUCACAUUGCAAAUGUCACAUCACUCAUCUCACCACACAUCAUCUCCGGUAUCGACCACUCAACCAGUUACAACUUCAUUUCGUGUGUGCCGUACUCGAAGUAGGAAUUCAUCAAACAGCACAGUAUCAUCCGGUAAAACUUCCAAGUAUUUGUAUGCUGAACAUAUACGCAGUAAAAGUGAGGGGAAGGAUACUGAUCCCAUACGCAACUCACAUCUCAAUGAGCGUGCGAAAUGCAGUGUUUGUAUUGAUUCGACUUAUCGUUCUUCUGAAGUUUCAUACAAAUUAUCAAGUUAUUCGUCUUCCAAUAUUGCAUGUUCAAAGAGUGUGAAUUGUGUUGAGGAAUGGGAAAAUAUUCUAUACUAUAAGAAAGAAGUGUCUCCCUGUCCACCAUCCACAUCGAACAAAUAUAGUUUGAAACAAACAAAACUGACUGAUAUGUUCCCUGUUAACAAACCUAUCAAAUCCUGUACAUUGUGUACAAAUUGAUGAUUAUCCCUGAAAUUGAACAUUUUGUGAUAGAAAUAUUAUUCUCUUCUUUUCAACACAUGUACUAAAUCUCUACAAAAACCCCCUUCUGGCAUGUAUAUAUGUUUGUAUAUAUAUAAAUAUUCAUUACAGUAUGUUAACCAAUUUUGAACCGAAUUGUACAAAGCAAAGAAACAGUCUGCCUGCUUAGCCGAUUGAUCGUUCAUUUAUUUCCUUUUUUUUUUUACCUGAUAGUAGGUUACAACAUUCAUUACAUCUUAUGUAUUCAGUGUUCAUAACACAGAUGAUUUGGAGGAAUAUUCUAUUCUCCUAACUAAAAAACCAUUUGGGUUCUGUUUCAUACACACACACAUACACACAUAAAAUACAAAAUUUUUUUAUAAUAGUUGCUAAUCUUUUUAAUACCGAUAAUUUUCUAUUUUUAAAUUGUGAUUAAAUCAAUAAAAUUUACCUUAUACUA